AUGUUCCCUGGAUGGUCUGGCUCACAGGGACCGUUUUCUCCUAGGGAUCAAUCAAAUUUGCCGGUUUCAGACGCGCAAUCGAACGUUGGGCUCCUGUCACAACUAGAGCCGGUGGACACGCCAGAGUUUGCACAAAACAUCAUUCCUGGAACAGGCUCUCACUGGCCUAUUCAGACCCCAAUCUCUGCUGUGCGAGGCGGUUCGCAGUCAAGACAGGAGUCGAGACUAGCAUACCCUGCACAUCAUUCAACGACAGCACUGGAUACCACCCCAAAUCAGCCUCACGCUCCUCUAAGCUCGAACUUUCCACUUACAGGUUCGACCGCCCAGUCAUCAAUUGAGGAUAUAGCGCCCAUCAGACAACCGACAGUACCCGAAGAUUCCCGCGGUCUUGGCAUCUCACCAUACCCCAUGUCAGCAGUAUCAGACAGCUAUUUCGCUGGCCCAAUGCAGCAAAGUUCUCACCAAUACGCCUGGGCAAACCGGCCUUAUCAGCCUAUGCAAUCGCCACCAGCACACAUCAGCCCGCCGUUCCCAUCACAACCGUCAUACCCUUCAACUACCUAUCCAAUGGGCUAUCCCAGUCAGUCGGGCGUAAUACAUGGAUACCAACACCAAGAACCCCAAUUACCAGGGUCAUAUCUCUCAGCACCUGGCAAUGUCCCCCGUCACAGUCAACCUCGAAGAAACCCCUCCUCUGCCCGAGCAGCCUCUCAUGACCUCGUAUGUCGAAUGGACCAUCCAGGGUGUAAAAGAUCCUAUAACCUGAUUGCUAACAUUGGAGAUAGCCCUCCUCCAUAUAUGAUGAACCAGCCUGCAUACUACUAUCCUGAUACGUCAACUAUCCAACCUCACCCUACCGCCAUAAGCCCUCAACCACCAUCAAUGGUUGCCCCCGAGCCAACAUACUCUUCACCGGAAUCCGCUGCCCCCACAGACUCUGAUCAACCAGUCCGCGUACUGAGUUCACGCCCGCGACCACAAUGCUGGGAUCAUGGAUGCAAUGGUCGCGAGUUCUCGACAUUCAGCAAUCUUCUCCGACACCAGCGUGAAAAGUCAGGAGUGGUGGCCAAGGCCGAAUGCCCAGUGUGCGGUGCAGUAUUCACACGCACGACAGCACGCAAUAUCCAUGUUGCGCAAGGCAAAUGUAAAAGCCCAGGCAGGGAAUCGUCUGCUGAGUAG